AUGAAAUCCUCUCUUGUAACUGAGAAUGGACAUAGAACCAAAUACAACCAUGAUCAAAACUCUAUCAUUAGUUACUCAUCCUCUAAGUCUUGUCUCUCGAGUGUAAAUUAUUUUUAUUAUCCCUAGGAACGUAAAACUUAAGUUAAAGCUACUUGCAAAGUCUUAUGGGAAAUGAGAGAAGAUCAUUCAAGUAAAUUAGCUGUCAAGUUUACCUAACUACAAAUUAUUCUAGCCACUUAAUCUAUCAUUCAAGUUAUCUCCAAAUUCAAGUCAGUUAAAUUGUAGACAUAUUUCUGGAUUCUUCUAUAAGAUUGUAAAGUCUUACAAUAAUCUCCAUAACAUCAUUCGCUUAAAUCUAUUUCUUUAACGUAAGUUGUCUAAGACUUCUCCUAUUCGAAUAUUCGAUCUAAAAUCAAAUCUAAAUAGCUUCAUUAUUCUCUUACUUCAUCUAUUUCGAUACUAAUGUAAGUACUAAAUUAAAUUAAGCAAAAGUAAUAAAGGGCAUUAUUUUUAUAAUUGAAAUAAAAACAUAAAUUACUCAAAGGAACUUUACUUCUUUUUAAAUUCAUCAAAAAACAUCAACAUUAAUAAUAAUGUAACUCAUUCCUUGCUAUUAUGUUAUAUCAUUAGAUUUAAUAAAAUUGUAAUUCAUUAGAUUCUAGCAAUUAAGAUUUCCAUUCAAUGUAAUUAUAAAAAAAAUAACAAUAAGACAACAAUAUUGAAGUGAUCUCUAUUAAAGAAUAAUUGGCAAUAAAAUUUGCAAGUACAACCAUAUUGACAUCGCUUUUAUAUGAUAAACAUAGAUAAAUCAAUUUUUUUUUCUUUUUAAAUUUGUUAAGAUACAAAUAAAACUAAUUUUAAUUUAUUAGAGAUCUAAAUUUAUCUUAAGAUAUUGAAGUAAAUCAAGUAUUUUAUGAUUAAUCAUCAAAGUAAGAAAAUUAGAAAACCUUAGGUGCUUAAAAUUUGCAUUAAUUCCUAUUAAUCAAGAUAUAAAAUUAUUUUGAAGCAAUCAAAAUUUUUCAUUUGAAAAAUAAUAAUUAGAUAGGAGAUGCAAUGAACACAAUGAUAAUUAAUAAGAAUUGUGAUUUGUCAAAUUCAAUUGAAGAUGUGAAUUUUUAAAGAAUUAGAGAGAGUAAUUUAAGAAUAAAAGAAGUUGAAGAGAGAGUAAAUAAUGAUGAUGUAGAGAAUAAAAAGAUUUCAUCAUUAUAAAAUAUAAUAGAUAUUGAAGAAUCUACAAAUUCUACAAAGGAAAUGAUUCCAUCGAUGCAAUCUAAGUAAUAGAGUAUGGGGAGUAAAAAGAGAAAGGAUAGAAAUAAUAAAAUAAAGAAUGCAAUAAAAUGUUAUUGUAAAUAAUAAUAAUAAAGAGUUAAAAGUUAAGAUAGUAUAAUAAAAGAGGAGAGUAUUGGUUUGAUGAAUGAUUAGGUAAUAAAGAAGUAAUAGAAUCAUAAAAAAUUGUAUAGUUCAUUUUUAUUGAUUAUUGUAAUGAUAAUAUUAUUAGCUUUAUUAUUGAAAUGA